AUGUGUGUUAAUGAUGUUAUGAAUCUGAUACUAAAAUACUAUGAGGAUAAGGAAAAAGAAAUAAUAAAAGAACUUUCAGAUAUUUGUUCUUCAGCAAAAAAACAGUCAGAAGUUAUAGCUGCUAGGAAUGCCUUGCAUAACGAUGACGUAUACAGCAGCUCCGAUGAACACAGCAGCUCCUAUGAAACCAGCAGCACUGAUAACUAUGAUGAAUCUUAUAUAUCUAAUGAAGAACCUAGAUCGCAAAUAAUUGAUGACAUAAACAAUGUAAUGACUGAGACCCGAUCGAUUAUAAGAUUUUUCAGAAAGAGUCCUCUAAAAUCAAUCACACUACAGAAACAUGUAGUAGCCGAAUUCGGAGUAGAACUAGUUUUGUUACUCGAUGUCAGAACUAGAUGGAAUUCAAUGCUGACAAUGAUUGAACGUUUCUUGUUAUUAAAAAAAGCAAUAAAAAAGGCAUUGAUAGAUUUAGAUAGCUCACAAAAAUGGAAUGAAGAUAAUAUUACUGUGCUACAAAAACUGCAGAUGAUAUUAACACCAACAAAACUUGGAGUAGAGGCGUUGAGUAGACAAGAUGACAAUUUAUUGGCAUUAUUAGCAGAGGCUAUAUAG